AUGCUACGCAUGGUCCUCAAAUUAGAUCACGGUUUGUCCUCUGAAGGUAUAAUCCAAAGGGAGAUGUCAACAAAUCCGGGUGCCAAUGGUUCCUCCUCCCAAGUGCUCGUGGAGGAAAACCCCGUGCGGGACAGCAUAAAGAUUAUCACAGGGGUGAUUUUUAGCUUCAUCUUUCUGACUGGUGUGACUGGGAACGGGGUAGUCCUGUGGGUCACUGGCUGGAAGCUACGAUGGACCUCCAACACCGUCUGGUUCUUCAACCUGGCCUUAGCUGACUUGGCAUCCACCUCCCUCAUCCUUGUCACCGUGCUCAACUUGGCUCUUGACCUGCAUUGGCCUUUUGGCUCGGUGGCUUGCAAAGUGGCCAACUGCCUGUUUGGGCUGAGCGUGUGUAGCGGUGUGCUGUUACUGAGCUCCAUCAGUGUGGAUCGCUGCGUGCUGGUGGUGGCUCCCGUCUGGUGCCAGAACUACCGCACCCCGCGGCUCACCUGGGCAGCCUGUGGAUGCCUUUGGCUGCUGUCGUUGGCAUUCUUCGUCCCCAGCUCCUACUUCUUCACCCAGGUCUCUGUGGAUAACAAUAACCGGAGCUCUUGCAACAACCUGGACAUCUUUCAGGACUGGCAGCAAGCCGAAGUCCUCACCAUUUGUAUUUUCCUCUAUCAGUUCCUUCUCCCCUUGCUGGUGAUCUCCGUUUCCUACACAAUCCUGGUGGUGACCAUGCGGAAGAAGAAGCUGAACAAAUCGAGCAAACCCUUCCUGGUGGUCACCAGAGUGGUCUUCUGCUUCUUCCUCUGUUGGCUCCCUUACCAUGCUUUGGCUCUGGCCAGGAUCUCCAUGGAUCUUGUGCCCGAGAGCAUGCGGCUGGUAGCCAUCCCCCUCUCCAAGUGUCUGGCCCUGUUCAACAGUUGCAUCAACCCUCUGCUUUAUGUCUUUGUAGGGCAAGAAUUCCAGGAUGCAGUCAGGAGAUCCUUGCUGCAGGUCUUCAAGACCGCUUUCGAGGAAGCGCCUCUGGCUGCCAACCUCUGA